AUGGAAUCAGAUUCGAUAGAAAUGGAUGAGCAACAAUCAGUGUCAUCACUUGAAGAACCAAAAAGGGCUGAGUCAGUAGUAGCAGAAACAUCAAGUUUUCUUCCAACAACGGGGCCAAACAAUUUCCUCAGUAAGCAUCGAAUGGUAGCUGAAAUCACUCAACUUCAAAAUCAAAUCAAUUUCGUACAGGAGGAGCUGGACCAACUUGAUACGUUAGGUGAAUCGUCAAUUGUUUGCAAAGAACUCCUAUCAAGUGUUGAAUCAAUUCCAGAUCCACUACUUCCAUCGACUCAAGGUCCGGUAAACGCAAGCUGGGAUCGUUGGUUCAAAGGAAACCAGAACUCACGAAGACGGUGGAUCUAA